AACGCAACCCAUCAUUCUGAUCCUUCACAACGUGUAAAGCAGUGCCAUCAUCAGAAUCUGUUUUAAAAACGAACAUCGCAUCAACAUCACCAAAUAAGUUCUCAUUGCUUGCAAGAAGAUUUUGGACGAGCAAAGCAUUAGAAUUAGCAAUAGGAAUCGGGAUGAGGAUCAUCGGUGAAGCAGUCAUGGCAUUCCUCCUCUCGGCACUUGCGCUGAGAGGAAUCGGCGUCAGUUCGUUUUCUUUGCGUCAGGCGGUUAGCAGAACAUCGACUACCCUUGCAGCAAAAGGUGGGGGCGGCGGUGGACGAAAGAAGCGGCCAAAAAAUCCCUUUGCUUCAACUAUCAUUCUUCCCGACACUGGAUUCAAUCAGAGAGCAAAUGCUGUUAAGCGAGAACCAGAAAUCCAAGAAUUCUGGAAAGAUUACGGACUGUACGACAAACUUUCAGAGACAGCAUCCGCGGAAGGAAAAGAACGCUUCGUUUUGCACGAUGGACCGCCUUAUGCUAACGGAAGUCUGCAUUGCGGUCAUGCUCUCAACAAAAUUCUCAAAGAUUUUAUCAACCGCAAACAAGCAUUGAACGGAAAGCAGGUUCAUUACAUCCCUGGUUGGGAUUGCCACGGUUUGCCCAUCGAACUAAAGGUUCUCCAAACGAUGAAAUCCAAAGAACGACAGGGGCUCACCCCCGUUACACUCAGAGAGAAAGCGGCCUCCUUUGCCAAGGCGACAGUGGAAGAUCAGUCGAAGAGCUUUCAGCGAUACGGUAUUUUCGGAGACUUCGAAAAGCCGUACCUCACUCUCCAACCAAAAUUCGAGGCGGCACAAAUCCGUGUCUUUGGAGAAAUGUUUCAAAAGGGAUUCAUCUUCCGUGGACGGAAACCAGUUCACUGGUCUCCUUCCUCGCGAACAGCACUGGCUGAAGCCGAGUUGGAAUACCCUGAAAACCAUGUUUCGAAAUCGAUCUAUGUAGGGUUCGAAGUUGUAGAACCCUCCGAUGGCCUCAAGGAAUACCAUUCCGAAGAUGAACCUGUGAAGGUCGCAAUUUGGACGACCACACCGUGGACUAUGCCUGCAAACCUUGCAGUUGCUAUCAAUCCCGAACUUUCCUACUCUGUGGUAAACCACGCAAGUACCGGGAAAUUGGUAGUUGCGACGGAUUUGAUCGAAACAAUCGCGGUGCGUUCCAACCAUGGCGACCAUUCAGAAUUUAGCUUCAUGUCACUCAUCCUUCAAUUCUCACCCUAUUUUUGUUUUGCUGACAAAUAUUUCGUAUCCCCAUUCUACAACCGGUUUUGUUAUUGAUAUUUCGAUGAACAGAACAAGGUUGGAUUGCCGGAAGGAGAAUCCUUCGAAAUCGUUUCCACCAUGCCUGGAUCAGACUUGGUCGGAACGAAAUACACACACCCUCUGUACGAUAGAAACUCCCCUGUUUUAGAAGGAGGCGAUUACAUUACCACCGAAUCUGGUACUGGUCUUGUCCAUACAGCUCCAGGUCACGGACAAGAGGAUUACCUAACAGGACUCAAGAAUGGAUUGGAACUUUUGAGUCCUGUUGACGAUGCUGGUAAAUUUACAAUCGAGGCUGGAGAAGAAUUUAAGGGAUUGAACGUUCUAGGCGAAGGUAACCAAGCAAUGAUUGAUGCACUGACCACCGCUGGCGCAUUGCUAAAGGUCGAAGACUAUGGCCACAAGUAUCCUUACGAUUGGAGAACUAAGAAGCCAACCAUCUUCAGAGCAACCGACCAAUGGUUUGCGAGCGUAGAAGGCUUCCGCGAUUCUGCCCUCAAGGCAGUUGACACGGUGAGUAUUUAAAUUCCAUGUAGCACAGAGUCCGUUUCAAGGCUUGGAGUACCUGAUGGCUUCUUAUAUUUUAAGGCGGCCUUGAAACUCGGAAAAAGUCUGUGUUUUACAUCUACCUGAAGAGACUUCUUUCUUUUUCCGACUUGACUCAAGACUUCCUUUUACUUUUCCGAUUCACUCAAAUGUAGGUGCAAUGGGUUCCAGAGAUUGGAAAGAAUCGUAUUAACUCAUUCGUAGUUGGUCGUGGAGAUUGGUGUAUUUCUCGCCAACGCUCUUGGGGUGUUCCUAUCCCUGUCUUUUACGACAGAGAAACCGGUAACGAAGUGCUUCUCAACGACAGCACAUUGGAGCAUAUCGAAAAGAUUUUUGCCGAACAGGGCAGCGAUGCCUGGUGGAAAUUGGAUGAGGUUGAUUUGCUUCCAGAGGAAUUGAAGGCCGAAGCGGACAAGUGGAAGAAAGGAACUGAUACCAUGGAUGUUUGGUUCGACUCUGGAUCCAGUUGGGCAGGUGUAGCAAGCGAGCGUGACGAAUUGGCAUAUCCAGCAGAUAUGUAUUUGGAAGGAAGUGACCAACAUCGAGGUUGGUUCCAGAGUAGUCUCCUCACAAGUGUAGCCGUGAACGAUAAAGCACCGUACAAAACUGUGUUGACUCAUGGUUUUGUCUUGGACGAAAAGGGCUUCAAAAUGUCGAAGUCUCUUGGAAACGUCAUCGACCCUCUUUAUGUCAUCGAAGGAGGUAACAACAAAAAACUUGAACCAGCGUAUGGCGCCGACGUCCUCCGACUUUGGGUUGCAUCCGUAGAUUACUCCGGAGAUGUGGGUAUCGGUCCAAACAUUAUCAAGCAGACCUUUGAGAGUUACAGAAAGCUACGAAAUACAGCCCGAUACUUGAUUGGAAAUCUGGCUGACUUUGUUCCCGAAGGACAACCCGACUCUACCGCUGUUCCUUACGACGAACUACCUUCCCUGGAUAAGUGGAUGCUUGGUCGACUCAGUGCCAGUCUAAAGGAAGUGGACGAAGCGAUGGAUGCAUUCGAAUUCCAGAGAGCAACGCAAGAACUUUUGCGAUUUGCCACAGCUGAGAUGUCGAAUUUCUAUCUUGAUGUGGCAAAGGAUCGUCUUUAUAUUUCAGCUUCGGACGACUUCCGAAGAAGAAGUUGUCAGACAGUUUUGCAUGCGCUCAUCGAAGGAUUCGCUAAGGGUAUUGCUUCCAUUCUGCCGCACAUGGCUGAGGAUAUCUGGCAAAAUUUGCCGUACGAAAAAACUACCGAAAGUGUAUUCGAGGGUGGUUGGCCGGCUCAUUUGGCAGAAUUCGAACAAUUCGAGUCCGAGAAGUGGGAUUUGGUACGAGCAGUACGUGACGAUGUCAAUAAGAUGUUGGAGGGAGCACGUAACGACAAGUUGGUUGGCGCUUCCCUUGAUGCAGCCGCAUACCUGUACAUGGCUGAUGAAGAGAAACGAAAGAUCCUUGAAAGCCUUGCGGGUGACGUAAGCCUAGUUGUCCCUCCUGUGAAGACCAAUGGAGUCGAUGAACUAAGAACAACUCUGAUGCUUUCUCAAAUUCAUAUCGUUGACAGCCCCGAAAAGAUUUCGGAGUCUUGUGAUGAGAAAUACAUUUCAACCGCCGAUACAAUUAGUGGAUGUGUCGUCGGAGUUGCGAAAGCAAAGGGAACAAAAUGCGGUCGAUGCUGGUUUUACGACGAGCAAAUUGGGAAACAUGGUCUCCCUCAUGAUGAUGCUUGUCAGCGAUGUAACGAUGCUAUUGCUGUUUUUGAAAAAACUACAGGGGAGCCAUUUGUUCGUCCUCCUGUCGAGGAGCCUGUUGAAGCAUAAGUGGAACUGACUUGCUACAUGUAGCGCAUAGAUCCUACAUAGACUGAUUAUGUCAUCAUUUUUUAAUUCUUGUAUUAGCUCUGCCUGUUCCUUUUUCAUCAGAAUGUGCUGUAGCUAGAAUAAAAUUGCAUCAUCUUG